CGUCGUUUUCAAAUGAGAUGAAACGACGUCGUUUUCAAAUGAUUUUAAAAUAAAAAAAAAAAGUAAAUCCUUGGUUUUGAACUCAAGUUGGUUGGGACAAAUAACAAGGCAUUUUACCACCGGACUACUGACACUUUCAAUGAGGUUACAAACACAUUUAAUUUUAUUUGGUACUGAUUGAAUAUAAAAAAAAUCUCUACAAACUUAAAAAGAUCUUUAAAAUUCCAAAAAAUAUAUAAAAGUUCAAGAAAAAGUAAUAUUAAAAUUAAAUUAUAAAUAAUUUUUUUUUAUUAAAAAUGAAAAAAAUCCAAAAUAAUCUCCAAGAGCUUUGCAGAGCCCAUCUAAUAUCGAUUACGACUUUGAGCAACGUUCUCGACAUUCUUGAGAUGUCCACGAUCCCUUCAGACAACCGUUUGAAGAGUUGGGCCACAUUCUUUAUCGUAACACACAUGGAAGAAAUCGUUUAUACCAGUAAAUACAAAUUAUUUGUUCACCAGAAUCCCGAUCUAGGUUUGGAUAUUACACAGCUUUUUGUGGAUGCUUUGAGAUCCGAAUUUGGGUACACAGAUCAACAGCUGAGGUCUGCAGUUCUGCCUAAACCAUAAGUUUAAUUACUUUCUAGACAUGUUAAACUUUUGUUGUUACCACUUUUAUUAGAAUCCGUCAAAGAUAGUUUUCAGAAUUUAUCACAAUUUCAAGUACUUUAGUUUCAUGUUUCUGUCUUAUAGUAUUGUAAGCAAAUGCAGCAAUCUAAUUAAUACUAAUCGUCACAAGCUCCCCUAAGUUCUAGAACACUUUAUAUAUCAAUUAUGUUACAUGAGAACCAAUGUACGUACGACGAGCUAGAGAUCAAAAAGUCAUAUCAUAUGUCUUUCUGUGAUAAAAAAUAUCUUUCACGAAAUACUCUUUAUUGGAAGUUAUUGAGCACAAGCCUACAAUUGCAUAAUAUUCUUUGGUCAAAUAUUCAUUCAACUCACCGCGUGACGUGACAAUACCUUAAUUUGACCAACGCAAAUGAAAACGUGUAUAUAAAGAGGACUUGCAUUAGUCGUAUAUCCAUUAAUUCUAACCUCCACAACCUCAAACAUGGCUGAACAACCUCUCAACGGUGCCUUCUACGGUCCAUCAGUCCCACCACCGGCUCCUAAAGGCUACUUCCGCCGACCCGGGCACAGCCGCGGUUGUGGCUGCUGCCUCCUCAGCUUCGUUGUCAAAGUCAUCAUAGCCAUUAUUGUCAUCCUUGGCAUAGCCGCUCUUAUCUUCUGGCUCAUCGUCCGUCCUCGCGCCAUCAAGUUUCACGUGACCGAAGCGUCUCUUACGCGCUUUGAACACACUUCCCCGGACAACAUUUUAAGGUAUAACCUAGCCCUCACAGUUCCUGUCCGCAACCCUAACAAGAGGAUCGGAGUCUACUACGACAGGAUCGACGCUCAUGCGUACUACGAUGGAAAGCGGUUUAGUUCCACCACGUUAGCUCCUUUCUAUCAAGGACACAAGAACACGACCGUUCUCAGACCAAUGUUCCAAGGCCAAAACCUUGUUAUGUUCAACGCCGGAGAGUUACGGACUUACAACGAGGAGAGUAUCGCCGGAGUUUACAAUAUUGAGAUCAAAUUUAGGCUUAGGGUUAGGUUUAAGCUUGGGGACUUGAAGUCUCGGAGGGUUAAGCCUAAGGUUAACUGCGAGGAUAUAAGGCUUCCUUUAAGUACGUUCAACGGAACUACAACCUCCGCUACCGUUCUCCCUCUCAAGUGCGACUUCGAUUUUUAAGUCUUUGGUUUCAUCAUGUUCCAUUCCACCAUACGUAUUGGUUCGUUUAUUAUUAUUUUUUUUAUGCAACAUUACGACUUAUUUUCUACAGAGCCUUUUUGUAUACAUAUGUACUCAUCUUCCGUGUUCAUUAUUAUAUAUAAAUAAAACAUUAUUUUAUGUAGUUUAUUGA